ACAGAUCCGCGGCGGCGCAAACUGAGCCGAGCAUCUAAGCACCUUGGAGACGCCACGGGUUUGAUCCGACGCGCAGGAACGCACCGGCACACCGACACACACGCCCUCCAAACGCACCUGAAGCCUCCAAGCCGGUUAAUUGUCCUGUUUGAAGGCCGUGGAAAGGGAGACUGAGCGCCGGUUCAUUUGCAGCCAGAACACCGUGUUCCCAUGAUGUCAUACCUGUGGAUUCUGCUAUUAGGAAGCCUGCUGGCUACAAGCGCCAAGGCAGAAGAUGAUCUAGCCCCAACAGAGGAGGCAGCAGCUCCUGAGACCAUAGCCCCUGAUGCAGCAGUGCCAGAGGUCAAUGGAGAACCUGAUGCUGAGGAGGAAACUGACCUUACAGCAGAGGAAAUACCACCAACACUGAGUGCACCUGAGCCUGAAGCUGAAGCCCAAGAACCAGUGACUCCUGCAGGUGGAGAUGCAGAACCAGCCUUUCCUGCAGAUGAUGGCUUAGAACCAGCGACUCCUGCAGACAGCGACGCAGAACCAGUGACUCCUGCAGACGAUGGCGUAGAACCAGCAAGUCCUGCAGACAAUGAUUCAGAGGCAGCGAUUCCUGCAGACGAUGACGCAGAAACAGCAACUGUUGCAGCCGAGGAUGCAGGACCAGUAUCUCCUACAGCAGGAGAUGCAGAGGUUGAGGCAGCUGCAACAACACAAGAGCCAGCAGUUGAUCCAGAGGUUAAUGAUCCAGAGGAUGAGCUACCAACAGCUAAUGUAGAGGAGGAACCUACUGCAAGCAUUGAUACAACACCCGCUCAGGGGGAGAGUGGACCUGAUGACGAGGCCACACCAGAGACAGAUCCAGCUGUAGAAGAUAAUCAGGAAGAACCAACUGAUCCAGCUGCUGAUGCAAAACAGACAGAUUCAGUUGUUGUGGAAAAUGUAGUACCAGAGGCCCGCGACCCUACAGUUAAAGGGGACACUGCAGCUGAAGUGAAUGCAGCACAUGUCGCUGUCGACACAGGAGAUGCAGAAAAACCUCAGGCCCAAGAGGCCAGCUCGGGCUCUUUAGCAGGCAUCCUGUGUGCAGUUGCUGUGGCUGCUGUGGGAGCAGUCACUGGAUACUUCACCUAUCAGAAGAAGAAACUCUGCUUCAAAAACAGACAGGAAGCGGAUCCAGAAGCUGCACGCAAAGCUGAUGCAGCAGAGGCUCAGUCAGAUCCCCAGGUCCUUAGCACCCUGCUGAACUCCUCCUAGACCAGCAAUGAUCACAUGACUGUCUGGACCAACUACAGACAAGAAAAGUGGCAAUCUCACUGUUAGGCUCUAUCCUCUGUAGAGCUAAAUUACUGUGAGGCCCCAGAGUUGGGCUGUGUGUGUUUCUGUCUGAUUGAUUUUGUGUGUGUGUGUGUGUGUGUGUGUGUGUGUGUGUGUGUGUGUGUGUGUGUGUGUGUGUGUGUGUGUGUGUGUGUGUGCAUAAUAUUUGUGUUCAUCCUUCUGUGUAUGCAUAUAUGUGGGGGGAGAGGAGUUAGAUAAGAAAAAGCAAGUAAAUAUCCUGUAUGUGAUCUUUAGGAGUUUUAUGAUUGUUACAACAUAGGAAUUUAUUGAAAUGAUUGGUCAAAUUUUCUACUUUAAACCAAAUCCAAAAAACUUUUCUUUUCUUUUCAGAGGGGCCAUUAAAGAGAUGAAAUCUCAAAUUAAGUAUGACCAUGAGAUGGCUAACAUAUAGAACUAGCUUUUUUAUUGUUAUUUGUAUGGCCACCAUCUAGUUCUAGUAAUUCAGUGUGAUUAUUAACCAGUGACAAAUUUUGAUGUUGUAGACAUUUAACUUUGUACUGACAUUUUACGAGUGGAAUUUUUAUUAUCCUAAUUCUGUCAUUGUAUGAGCCAUCCGUAUGAUUUAGAAAAUCCACUAGCAACCAGUCACUUAAGUAAAACAUAUAUUUUACAUUUUCAGUACAAUCAUCUGCAGUACAAAUGCAGGAUAGACGGAUAACAGGGGGCUUCAUUAACUACCACUGCAUUUUCCUGGAUUCUGGCGAGGAUUAAUAGUACACGAUUAAAAUCCUGGGAUUCUGGGGAUGUUCUUAAAUGGUCCGAUCUCUGUUUAGAGGGCCACUGAUGUCACUGUAUGCGUGUGUGUGUCUGUGUGUGUGCUUUUUGAUUGGUGAAGGGGCUUAGUUUUAAAUCAUGUAGGGUCACUACCACUUCUCCUCAGUUAGUUCAGUAAAUUAAAUGGAGAUGAGUGAAAUUUCCAAUUAAACACUCAAAAGUCCAAAAGAAAUAAAAUCUACAUACAAAUUGAUUCAAAACAUAUACAUUUAUUUAUCAAUAUUUUCCCCAAAAGGUUGUAAUUUUCAAAUGUACUGAGGAGGGGUGAAGUGAAGUAAAACCCUGUUUGUGUCAAUGGAUGAAUGUUCACCUGACAUGAACAAAUUCAAAAGAGGUCAUGUAGUAAUGUAUUAGACAUUGUUCUGAUGUAGUAUGUUUCAGUCUAUUCGUGAUGCAGUAAUUUCUUCUUCUAUAGUGCCUUUCACUGACACAGCCUGGCUUGACCAGUUUAUAGACACACAGAAGAGAGCUGGAAUAUUAAAAGUGAAAACAGUCAAAACAGCAGAUGAAUCUAUCAAAAAAUAUCUUAGAAAGAAAACUGAGGAAUGUAUUAUUUUUAUUAAUUCAUAAAUGAUCAUCACGGUGGUUGAAAGCCUUUACUUUGAACUGCUCGUGCAAGGGGAACUGUUGCAUAAUUAAACAUUAUUGUAACAGCUGCUACAUAUCUGUUCAGUGGGCCAGUUUGUUGUUUUAUCUCCAGUACUAAUAUUGCAUCCCACACUGUUUGAACAGCCUCCGUUAAUUUCAGCGGUAGAACUCACCUCACUGUGUGUCUCUUUAUUUGAGCAAGCCAGUUGCUGUCACGGUGUUUUUGUAUCAUUCAUAUCCCCACAUUACAAACACCACUCACCUGUGAUUUUUAUAUGAAUUUAACAUUUAGCAGUGGUGCCUCAGAGCUGACACAAAUAAUCUGUAGUCCACUUGCUUGCUGUGGUAUUUUGUGAUUACUAUUGGGAAAUGCCGAAGCAGCGCAACUGCAUUUUUAAAAAAAAAAAAAAAAAAAAAAGCCCAACAGUUUUUUGUUUUUUGUUUUUUUGUUUUUUUGUUCUUGUUUUUUUUGCCACUGUAGCACAAAAAAUAUUAACUUCUGAAUGUCUUUUUGUUGCCUUGCAGUUUUGUACUUGUUCUGCUCCCUUUAAACAUAGGGUUAUAGAGGUUGCAUAGUGCCGCAGUUCAUGUAAAGUGUGUUACUUGUAAAGCACCAUAUAGCUGCAAUACAGGACAGAGACUGUUGCUAACAGCCUAGCCUCAACCUGAGAAAUAUUAAUAGUCUGUGAUAUCACAUAUCAAUUAAUUCUACUGUAUGAACUGUGGAAUAGACGCCGGGUCAAAGGUCUGUUUGAAUUGCCUUCUUAUAAUGUAAUCUGUGAUAGACUGAGUUUCUCUUGACACACUGAUAAAGCGGAUAGUGUGUUUGAAAUCUCUUACUACAUCUGCCACAUUGGCGUGUGGUGAUAAUGCACAAAAUACCCACUAAAUAAUAGUACAACUUUUCAGAAAUAGCCACUGAUGCCUUCAGAAGAGAAGAUCCUCCUCUUAAUGCAGUUCUCGCCUCCUUUGUGCGCUCCAACGAGUGCAGUAGGAAUCAGCAAAAGCAGUCUGCUGCCCUUCAGUGCGCAAUCAAAAACCUUACUGCCACUUAUUUGAUGUCAAGGAGACUGAAACAACAAUAAAUCUCUUAAAAGCGAACAAGGACUGCCUGCGUUUUGAGGUUGCUCCACUCUACACUUACAGUAGACUCGAGCAGUCCGAUUCCUUGUAAACACAAAAACUAUUGGAGCAUAGCAUCCAAACCAGAAUGUAAACCAAGGGAAUCGUCAACUUAUUGGGGCCCUGAAAUACACCUCCCAGAUAAUGCUAGGGCAUCAAUCAUGGCGCUGACCAGUCCUGCCUUACACCCACUCUUGAAUAUCCCAGAGAGAAAAACAGAGAACAAUGUAUAAUCAGAGAGAAACGGUGAGACAAACAAAGACGUUUUGCAGGUGAUUUUAAUAACAAUCUCUAUGGGAGAAGCACUUUCCUAUCCUGUAUACAUCUUGAUUCAUUAAACAUAUUUAGACAAUUCAUUUUUGAUUUAGACUAGUGUAAGACUCUUCCUUUUUAUUUAAAUAUUCUGUGUUUUUAUUUUGUGUAGGAACUGUCUUCAAUUUUGUCAUCUGGCACUUGUGUUGUUCUUCUGGAAUUGUGUAAAUAAUGUUUGAGGAGUCAAUUAAACGUUUUCGUGGGAGUUGGUGUUUUAUUCCCCUGCCAAAUAUCUUGUGUGAGUGUGUGUGUGUGUGUGUGCCUUUGUUUUUUAUUUUUUAUAUUAAUAUCACAUGUGAAAUUACCUUAUUUAACUCAUUCAGCUUUGUCACAGUAG